GGGAACUGUACUCUGGCAAGCUGCUCUCUGUCUGGUGUGGCUGGGAGCCAGGGACUGGCUUACACCAACAGCAGGAAGCUUGUAGUAAAUAGCUCCAGUGUCUUCACUGUCCGUUACUUCAGAACAACUGCAGUACGUAGGGAUGACGUGGUUACAGUGAACACACCAGCCUUUGCAGAGUCAGUCACAGAAGGAGAUGUCAGGUGGGAGAAAGCUGUUGGAGACACAGUGGCAGAAGAUGAAGUGGUGUGUGAGAUUGAAACAGACAAGACAUCAGUGCAAGUUCCAGCCCCAGCAGCUGGUGUGAUUGAGGCCCUUCUGGUACCUGAUGGUGGCAAAGUGGAAGGGGGGACACCUCUGUUCAAACUCAGGAAAACUGGAGCUGCUCCUGCCAAGGCCAAACCAGCAGCAGCCCCUCCUCCUCCUGCAGCCCCUGAACCUGUAGCUGCGGCUGUUCCUCCCCCUGCUGCAGCACCAAUUCCCACUACAAUGCCACCAGUGCCGCCUGUGUCAACUCAGCCCAUGGACAGCAAACCAGUGUCUGCGGUGAAGCCAGCUGCAGCCCCAGCGGCAGCCCCUCCUGGGGAGGCAGUGCCCAGCAAAGGUGCCAGAUCAGAGCAUAGGGUGAAAAUGAAUAGGAUGCGUCAGCGUAUUGCUCAGCGGCUGAAAGAGGCUCAGAAUACUUGUGCCAUGCUGACCACUUUCAAUGAGAUCGAUAUGAGCAACAUCCGGGAGAUGAGAGCCGUACACAAGGAUCCCUUCCUGAAAAAGCACAACCUGAAGCUAGGUUUCAUGUCAGCUUUUGUGAAAGCUGCAGCUUUUGCUCUGCAGGACCAGCCCGUUGUGAAUGCAGUGAUUGAUGACACGACCAAAGAGAUUGUGUACAGGGACUAUGUGGACAUCAGUGUUGCUGUAGCAACUCCCCGGGGUCUUGUGGUCCCUGUCGUUAGGAAUGUAGAAAACAUGAACUUUGCCGAUAUAGAACGUGCUAUCUACGAGUUGGGGGAGAAGGCACGGAAAAAUGAACUGGCCAUUGAAGACAUGGAUGGCGGCACUUUCACAAUCAGCAACGGAGGGGUUUUUGGGUCGCUCUUUGGGACACCUAUCAUUAACCCGCCCCAGUCUGCCAUCUUAGGCAUGCAUGCCAUCUUUGACAGGCCUGUGGCUGUUGGAGGCAAGAUCGAGGUGCGGCCCAUGAUGUAUGUGGCGCUGACAUACGAUCACCGGCUGAUUGACGGCAGAGAGGCAGUGACUUUCCUGCGCAAGAUCAAGGCAGCGGUGGAGGAUCCCCGCGUGCUGCUGCUCGACCUGUAGAGCAGCCGCACCCCCACGCAACCCACCCAGGGCAGGGCCGCAGCACCAGCAGGGGCGAUGCAGGGCAUUCAGGAACUGGCAGGGGUCAUUCCAGUCUCCCUCCCUCCGCUGUGAUCGGAGCUGUCCCAGAGGGAAUUGUGGGGAUAGCUCCUACCUCCUUUCCUGUUCUGUUUAAUGAACGUUCAGUUUCUCACGAGGAUUGCUGUGCAGUGGGCCAACCACUGAAUGGCACUGCCUUUCCAGAGCCAUCUAUAUGGCAUCCUCUCCCUCACAGCACCAAACUCUCACCUCUAGCUUGUCCUAUACCAGUGGAAACUGCUUGCUGCUGCUGUGCUAGGGUACCCUUCCCUGCCACUCCAAGGCGGGUUCAGCUUUAUUUCCUAGCACUGAGGUUCCUGGGAGGGAGAGGAAAGGCUACUGUUCUGUCCCUGUUUUGCUUGAAAAUAUUUCACACCCAUCUGCCUUGCGAGAGCAGUCUGGGGACCCCCAGGCCACUUGCAGCAGAGGUUUUAAUCAGAGCAGGACUUGCGGUAGGUGUCACGCCUCUGGCAGUGCCCUAGUUACACUCCCUUCACAGACAGGAAUGCAGUGGUGGCAGCUCCCCUGCUUUCCCUUAGAGAUCGUUUGUCUCUCUCCAGCCUGGUCACUGUGGUGUGAAUGUUCAUGUCUGGGUGGGCAAAGCCCAUGGAGGUAGCACUGUUCCUGGGGGGGACAACCCUUUCACCAUUACAUGCCCGACACGCUGGUAAGAACCAGCCCCUAGCAGCUCUCCUUCAAUUACGGCUCACUGACGGUGGAUCCGACUGCUGGCUUCCU